UACUUCUUGUUGGUCUCUCUAUUAUCUCACCAAACCAUGUCCCAGCCUCAACACAUGCACACUUUCUGCGACAAUUUACCGAAAACUUUUUCUCAAACCAGCCAAUACAAAUCAAACCGUGAAUUCCUCCUCUCAUCUCUCCGCGACCGUUCCCCUCUAGGAACCUAUUACAACGCCACGGUCGGUCUUAGUCCCGACACAGUUCAUGGCAUGUUCCUCUGUAGAGGAGACAUCACCAAACAAUCUUGUUCGAACUGUGUGAAGACUGCAACCCUAGAAAUCACUAAAAACAACUGCACUUAUAUAAAAGAUGCUAUAAUAUUCUAUCAGGAGUGCAUGGUUCGAUACUCCAAUGUUUCCUUCUUACGUAUCGUCGAAAGUGGACCUUGGGCCGCUAUGUACUCUAACGUUUCUUUUCCUGAUUCCUUUUUGUUUCCGUUCCGGGAAACUCUAUCAGAUAAGGUAGAGAAGCUAAUUAUCCUCACAGCAUCAAAGUCUUCUUUGUCUUCUUUGACGCCGUAUUACGUUAGGGACAGAAACAAAGUGAAUGAAUUUGAUAGAUCGUAUACAUUAGACACAAUGGUUCAGUGCAGUCCUGAUCUUGAUCCAGCAAAUUGCAGCGUCUGCUUAAGACUUGCGGUCCAAGGAGUCUCAAGCUGUUGCAAUAAUGCUCGUAUAGCUCAGUUCUUUCUUCCUAAAUGUUUUUUGAAGUACGACACAAGCGGUUUGCCAACAACUCAGUCACCCAGCGGCUCAUUCUCUGUCCAUGCUAUGAAAGGUGAGCAAGCAUAA